AUGGCCUCCCGAUCAGGUCCUCGGAGCGUCAGCGAUGCUACGCGCUUCACGUCGACGACACCACAGCCGAAAUCCAAAACUUCGGCGGCGUCCAAUGCCGGCGGCCCCGGCCCCGUCGGCGAGACUCUCGAGCAGCGGGUGGCGCGGUUAAGGGCUGCGCAUCUGGCCGCGAGGAGCGCGCCGCUUUCGAGAUACGAUCGGAUAACGGAGGGGGGUAGGAAGGUGUUUGAUGUCAUGCAUAAGGCUACGUUGGCUGGGUUAAUUGGGUUUACGGUGAUUGCUGGUGUCUUCAGCGUCUACGCCGUCAUGGACAUGCUCAAGUAUAACCGCAAACGUCGCGAAGACUUCAUGCAAGCCCAGAAACGAAUCGAGCACGACGCCCUCGCGUCCGCACGUUUGGCUUUCCUCAAUGGCUCGGCCACUGACGAGCAGACUCGCCUUGUUGAGGAAGCUAUCAGGGAAGCCGACAGGACGGGACAGAGGCUACCCCCUCUCCUCUCCGGCCCCGCAACACAGGAGCAGAAGGAUAAGUCUCAGUCGAUAUGGGAUCAGGUCGAUGCCCAGGUCAAGGCGCAGCAGACGGGCGUCUCGCCUGCCCAGGCGGAGGAGCUGAGGAAUAAGGUCAAGGGGGCUUUUGAGCAGGAGAAGGCGAGUCAAGGGAAGGGCGGUCCAUUGGAUCAUCUGGGUGCUGGAGCAGGAGCGGGAGCGGGAGCGGCGAAGCAAGAGAGCUCUGGGAAGAGCUGGUGGAAGGUCUGGUGA